UCAGCAAAGCCUCUCUUUUGAUUGACGUGGGGAAGAGCCAUUCAACAUCUUGCAGGGGAGCUGCCAGGUCUAUGUGAAGGCGCCUUUUAAAAAUCCUUCCUGAAUCCGCCUCCUCCAGUAGAUGGCAGCUUUGCAAGAUUGGGAGCCCGGCAGGAGGAGACUUGGAGUAAAGCGAGCGCGCUCGAGUCCCGUGCUGGGCGUUUCGCACGGCUCCCGAGCGAGAGGCUGCCUCCCUCAAGGCCGGCGGCGGCUGCAAUCAACCCCCGAGACAGGAGCGUCCUCUCGAAAGCGAGGCGGCGGCGAAUGUCCCACGAAUGGUUUUAAUACUCAGCUUCGAGUCUUCAAACUUGUCAAACGUCCCGGCUACCCUUUGAAUUCUUUUCCACGCACCCCGUAGGGGGGAAAGUGAAAGAGGUCCUAUGUCACCAUGCAGCACUAUGGAGUGAAUGGCUAUUCUCUCCAUGCCAUGAAUUCGUUGAGCGCGAUGUAUAACCUGCACCAACAAGCAGCACAGCAAGCUCAGCACGCACCUGAUUACAGACCCUCAGUGCAUGCCCUCACACUGGCAGAGAGACUGGCUGACAUCAUCUUGGAGGCCCGUUAUGGCUCCCAGCACCGCAAACAGAGGAGAAGCCGUACAGCUUUCACAGCCCAACAACUGGAAGCCUUGGAGAAAACUUUCCAGAAGACUCACUACCCAGAUGUGGUGAUGCGAGAGAGAUUGGCAAUGUGCACUAAUCUGCCAGAGGCUAGAGUACAGGUUUGGUUUAAAAACAGAAGAGCUAAAUUUCGAAAGAAGCAGCGCAGUCUGCAGAAAGAGCAGCUACAGAAGCAGAAAGACUCAGAAGCCAAUCACAGUGAAGGCAAAGCAGACACUUCUGUGUUAGAAACACCGACUCCAAUUCUCGAUGCAGACAAGUCUCUGAGUUUACCAAGGGAGGUGAAUGCAGAGCUCAGCCUGACUCUCUCUGAGCAUUCAGCCAGUGAGUCAGCAGCCGAGGACCAGACAGACAAAGAGGAGGAAUUCAAGAUCUCGCUGGAGGAGAACAAGGAAGAGAAAAGCCCUGGAGGGGAAAACAAGGUGCUGAACAGCAAGAGGACAAGUCCAAAAGCAGAUUCCCCUAUCAGCACUGCUGCCACCGCAUCCUCCAGCAGCAGCAUGUCCCAAGCGCAUUCCUAUUCGUCUUCUCCUCUCAGCCUCUUCCGCCUUCAAGAGCAGUUCCGCCAACACAUGGCAGCUACCAAUAACUUGGUCCAUUAUUCGUCCUUUGAAAUGGGAAGCCCUUCUACCAUGCCAUAUUUGGGCAUGAAUGUCAACAUGGCACCCCUAAGCUCAUUGCAUUGCCAGUCUUACUACCAGUCCCUCUCCCACGCCCAGCAGGUGUGGUCCUCUCCAAUUCUCCAGGCAUCUUCCACUCUUCCCAGCCUGAACAGUAAAACAACCAGUAUUGAGAAUCUCCGGCUGCGAGCGAAGCAACAUGCUGCCUCUCUGGGACUGGAUACUUUACCAAACUGAGGGCGAGCCAAAUUCCAGAAAAAGCCCAAUAAACAGAUGGCUUCAAGGAAAUGCCCAAGUCCCUGCCACCAGAGAGAAGGAUUUCUGAUGUAGAGCCUGCUACUUUCAAUUUUGUCCCACUUAAGGUGCUCCUGUUUGGGGGAAAGGGUUUGCAGAAGUCAUGUGGAGUCCACAUCUGGCAUUACCUCUGCCUCUUUGCACUGGCCAAUUUAAAAAAUAGCCUACAGAAAGGUGUUUUAAAAUGUGAAAUUGUCUUCAGAACUGUGAGUCAAAUACGAACUGUUUGGGAAUGUUGUUAUUACUCUAUGUGUUGAGAGCUUUGCUUUUAUUUGGGGUGGGAGCAGAAUUGGGAAGAGGAAGUCCCACUUCAAACUGUAUAUAGUUUACAUGUUCUUUCACUUGUGUGUUAAUAUCAGUGUUGCCUUACGCAGAAUUGUGGAACACCCCUCCUUCCAUUUUCUUUUGCCUUUUAUACUUAUUCAGUAGAUAGAAUAAAUGCUAUCAUUGCAACAAAAGACAGAGGAAAAUAAGUUAAUUCUUUAUCGGCUGGUUUUACACAGUCAGCAUUCCUAAUGCAGCUGAACAAAAAAUAGUUCUGAAACUUUUUGCUGUAUGUUAUGAACACCAGGAAUUGAUUCGUGGUUAAGCACUUGCAGUCGGACAGGUUCAGAAUUUUUUUUUUUUUUUUUGGAAGCACUUCCUCAAAUAAAAUGGCUGAAAGCCCUACUAAUUUUUCUGUACAAAUUCCAAAGACUAUUACCCACUUUCUUUCUCUCUUCUGCUAAGAUACAUAGUUUUCUAUUUGUAUGUUUGUGCAACUCUGAAACUAAAACACAGUUAUCCAAUGGUGUGCUUUAUCUGCCAGGUCUUUUCUAUAUUAGUUGCAUGCAAGGUCAAGGCAAGAGAUGUUGACACCCUUCUACUGGGCAGCGCAUGGCACUGUUCUCCUGCCACCCAGACAAAGGGCACUGUACUGUGUCUAAUACAUUUGCUGGAGAUAGGAAAUCCCAAAGGCACUUUUCAUCCUCCCUGUAAUAAUAGUAAUAAUAAAUUUAUCACCAACUAUUUUGCUGACAUUUUAUACCAUCUCAAUCUGGUUAAUGGUGGAGCUAGUUGUUACAUCUGUGCUCUAAUUCUAUUGACUAACACCAUCGAUAUUCCAAAUGUGUCUUCAACCCAAGAAGAUUGCCUCCAAUACCACAGUGCUUUGUCUCCAAUUAUGGAGUGGUACAUCAACAUGAAAAAUGCUCUUAAGAAAAUAUAAAAAACUUCUGCUGUAUAUAUGAGGCAUUUUCAUACCCUCACACUUUACAAAAGUAGUGACUGACCUCCUGACUUUGAUGUCACUAAAUUAUUUAGGGCCAAUUUAAAUCCAAACAAUGAAUUUCUUUAGAUUGGGGAAAUCAAAGUGCUUUCUGCCUGACAAUGUUUUCAACCCAAGAAGAUUGCCUGCAAUACCAUAGAACUAGGUCAGGAUUUGAGGGUAGAUUAUGGUGUUCUACUCUAGCUAAUGUCAAAUAUAUCAAAUAGAAGAAAACUUAUUACUUUCAAUUUGGAAGACAAUGGUUAACAACCACUUUUUGUUUUAAAACAUCUACCUGGUAUCUACAAACAAGGCCUGCUUAAAGGAAUAUUUUUUAUAUGUCUCCAAAGUAAUUCUCUCCAGAUUUGUUGGAUUUCAAAUUCCCUGACUUGCUGGCUAUGAAUGAUGGAAGUUGCUGUAGCUCAAUAUUCCUGUAUUGCAACAGGUUGAGGAAGGCAGAGAUUAAAUAGUACAAAAAUGAACAACUUACACAGAACACCGAGAAUUUAAGAAGUGAGGAAACUCAAAGUGAUAUUAAAAAGUUAUAAGAAAGAUGCUACAAUGAAAUUAAUAUUUCAUACAAAUUAAUUUCCUGUUAGAAGACAUAGUGCAAAUACAUGGAAAAAACGUUUUCCAGAUUUUUUCACCAGCUUGAUUUCUAAUGCCAACGGCUAAAUAAAAGAGAAAUCUUACAAUGAAAGAUUGUCAUUUUAAAAUAUUUUUGCCUAAAGUCUGUAGGGACUUAAGAAAUUAGCAAACUUAUUUUAGAACUUUUAUUUUCUAUAAAUGAAACUCUUUCCUAUGAUUUCUUUCCCCCUAAGGGUUGCAAAGCUUAUUCUGGUAAAAUUUAGACUUGUUCAAGCCAGAUUUGAUUUUGGAGUUUGCAAGCAUACCUCUUGUGUUGAGUGCAAAACUUCAAUUAUUGUCAUAAUAAUUUUUGUACACUACUUAUAUAUCUUCAAAAUUUAAGGUCAUACAUUCUGCAAAAAAAAAAACCCUGAUUUUUCAUUCAGGAACAUAAUGCAUACAGAUAUAUACAAUGUUUUUACAUCUUGUAAUUACUGAAGUAUUUAAUUGCCCUCUUAUUUCAAGGACUUUGUAAUUAAACUGAGGAAAAAUUCUGUUGCUCUGAAAGCUUUCAUUGAAUGUUAACACAGAACAUGCCAAUGUCAAAAUUACUUUAGCAUCUCUCAAGUGCAUUACAGUAAAAAUUUGAUUUUGACGGAGAAAAAUAAAUAGUAAAAAGAAAAAUGAAUGAAUUGGAAUGUAAAUCAGUCUUCCCCAAAAUUAUAUAGAUGAUCAACUGGCUAUGUCACAGUCUGGUUAAUAAAAUAAUAUGUUGUACCUUUUAAACACAUGUGAAGCAUACCUGAAUGGAAUCACAGAUUUUUGAGUCUGAAAUGAGUGAUACUGUAUUCUUAAUUUUUUCAGAGUAGUUUCACACACAGUUUAGAAGCUCUGUUUUGAAACGGAUCUCGUCAGCACUUUGAAUAUUUGAUCCAAAUUUAAGCCCUUGGAAUUCUCUUUACCCCAUUUAUGUAUCUGAAGUCUCACCAGUUUUUGAGAACAAAUUGUAUUAAAAUAACAGCCAACUUCACACUAAUAGGUAAGGAAAAAAGUUCUUAGGUUGUAGUGUAUCUUUUUUAAGUGCUUCAGGAGAUUAUACAUUUCCCAGUAUAGGUGAGGAACCUUUCCUUAACUCAAGGAUCAUAUUGUACUUUCCAAGGGCUGCAUGCAAAAGAUAGCAGGAGCCCCUGAAAAAAGUGGGGGUGACAAAAGUAAGAAUUUCAUCAUCUGCAUUCAAACCAAGCUGCUCAUUCUCUUAUAUAAUCAAUGGCUCCCACUCCGUGAAGAUAUAAUUAGCCUGGGCAGAGGAGAAGGAAGCUUUCCAUUGAGUGUAAGAUCUCUCUCUGAUUUUCAAUAUCACAUACACAAAUGUCUUAGAGCAGUGAUGGCGAACCUUUUAGAGACCGAGUGCCCAAACUGCAACCCAAAACCCACUUAUGCAUCGUCGGGUGCCGGGUGGGUGUGGCCCAUUGGGUGGGCGUG